AUGGCCUUCCUGUCGGCGUCCAAGGACACCAAGUCUGAGGAACCGCGGUUUGCGGAAGCCACUCAUGUGUUCUGCACGCACUUCGAUCCGCUUCAUGGCAGUACUUUAGACUUAUUGAUGAGUUCGGAGGGGCUUGUAUAUAACUUCAGCACCGCCCUGAAGAGCUCUGAUCCGGCUAUGCUACUAAUGCACAAGCUUAGUAAUAAUCUAGAACAUACAUCCAUCAUCUCUGGAGCACAUACGCAGACGCAUGACUUGUGUUACUCCUAUCAUCAAGGUUGCUUUGCACUGUUCUGCUAUAGAGGAGAAACAGGAAAGCAGGCGAAUAGAAACGCGGUAAUGUUCUCUGUUGGUCUUCUUUUUGGGCAUGGAGACAUGCUCUUGUUCCUGGAACGGGGGCUUGUAGACUCUGAUUGCGCCAUUCAGAUUAAAAAGGUAUGUGACACGAUAUAUUCCGAGCUUGUACGUCUUCGCGACGAAAGCGAGGCUAUUGUGAGCCCAUUGGAUCUUGGGUCUGAGCUCAAGGAACAUCUGCGUCCACUUCUGGGUGCUAGACUACUGAUGAGGCCACAGCUCUUUCGACCUCAUCAGGAUCAGCGUCUUGUUGAGGAAUUUGAUGAAUCGACUUUAGCAAUUGUCAGAGCAGGUCUUCUCCUAGGUCUUCGAGUCGGUAUUGCAGCACACCCACCUGUUAAGCAUAUAGUAGAUAUCAUCGGAACCCUCGCCAUGCUCAGCAUAACGACAACGUUUAAUGAUCACAUACUGCUCUCACCCCAGACAGUCACAAAGGCUGCCUCCCAUGAUGGUCACAAGAAUAAGAAGAAUGCCCGGCGGGUAGAAAGACAGGGUAAAGUCGUUGUCUCCCCAAAGAGAAAGUCCUUUCAAACUACGCAAUUGAAAAACAAUGCAUCGGGUUUCUUUGAUGACGAUUGUGAGUCACGAACUGCCCCCGGCGACUUGCUCUCGGAUACGUCGGACAACGUUCCCGAGGCCCUAAGAUAUACGUUACUUCCUCGUUUGUUGGGUCACAUUGAACUGCAUUCAUUGGCUGUGGCGCAGCAGACCAAAAUCAAUCGCCCAUUUCUGUUUCUAGACCCUACCGAGAGCGGGCCCGAGAAUGUCGUUCACAAAUUACACGGCGGGCCAGUUGAAUCAAGGCUCACGCAUAUUUCUCAAGUAUCCAUGUUUAAUUACCUCUGGUCAGAUGCAGACGAUAAGGCCUCAACCUCCUUGACUCUCGGCGAAGCACAAACAUUUAACAUCGCAUUCAAUGGCGUAAUAGGCAUAUCAACAGAAAUAUCACAGCUCCAUGAGAUGUUUGACAUUGUUAUCCUUAUGCCCUCUGUUCAAACCAGGCAGUUACAGUUGACGCCCAGUCUCAUUCAUCCCUAUCUCGUCAAAACACGUCUGAGUAAUGUGUACGUUAACUCAAAGCUUCUAAAGAAGUAUAAGUUUCUUACUAAGGCCAGCGUGCAGGGCACACUAGGCGAAUCUAUGACACGUCUUUGUGAUGCUCAGAAGGACGCCGAAAACGUUCCUUUCCUCAUCUGCACUCUAAAUGCCCGGCUCUUCGCUAACAUCAGGACUCGGCUCGAGCAGGGGCGUCGGCUAACGAAAGAGUGCUUCAAAGGAACCGGUCUGUCUGGAAGUAGCAACUUCUUGCAUAGCCUGGCCAAGUACUGGUUUACUGAUCGCUUUGAGCAGAUAGAGGUGCAUACGGGCUGUCCGUGCAUACAAUGA